AUGUCACUGAUCCAGUUUGAUGGUGUCCCGGAUGAAGAUGUGGUGGUUGCAAGUUCUCGCGUUGAGUUCCGCGAUUCUUACGGCGGCAACGUCCUGAAUACACAGAGGGCAAAGAAAGAACCAGAAUUGAAAAAAGCUGAGAAAGAGAUAAAGAGGUUCAUCAACAUGGCGGGUGGGGUGUUGCCUGUGGAUUCAUCACCAAUUACCAAUGGCUUCCCUUCCAAGAUCACGCUCUCAAUCGUCAUCACCUGCAUCGUUGCUGCAUCCAGUGGACUCCUUUUUGGAUAUGACCUCGGAGUUUCAGGAGGAGUGACAACAAUGGUGCCGUUUCUGGAAAAAUUCUUCCCAGACAUAUUAAGAAAGAUUGGUGGCAGUGAAGUGAACAUGUACUGUGUUUAUGACAGUCAAGUUUUGACAUUGUUCACCUCUUCUCUGUAUCUUGCGGGGUUAGUAUCGUCUCUGGUAGCUAGUCGAGUAACAACAGCAAUAGGUCGAAGAAACACCAUCUUAUUAGGUGGUGCUGUGUUUCUUCUCGGUGGUUCCCUUAAUGCAGGUGCAGAGAAUAUCGUUAUGCUCAUUCUGGGUCGUGUUUUACUUGGAUUUGGAGUCGGUUUCACUAAUCAAGUAAGUUUAAUUCUUACAUUUUAA